AAUCUAAGUAGGCGUAUCUUUCUUUUAGUGUUUUUUGGAAACUUAAAAAAUCAAAAUGCACUUGACGAUUAUCCGGUCCCUGUUGAUAACAUCCAGCGUGAUUUGCUUCUUCUUCGGACUCCUGUUGAUAUCCGCUGGGGCCGUCAUGUUCCAGAGCUCGCUUACCGCCCGGAAUCUCCCUACGGACUGGAACCAAAUCUUGGCGACGGAAGCCCUGCUGGCCAUCAAGCUGGGCUCGAUAUGCCUGCUGGUGGUGACCUUCGGGUUCUACGGAACGGUCAAGCGCUCGCUCCAGAUGAUCUUCACCUAUCGGCUGCUGCUGGCGUUGCUGAUCGUGAUUCAGAUCGUGGUGACCUGCUUGCUGCUCGUUGGAACCAGGUCGGACUUUCGGUUUCAGGCGCUGGAGCGGCUUUGGGAAUCCUUUGAACGGAUCAUAGACCGAAGCAGGGCGUUUGGAGUGGUUGACCAGAGGAUCGAGCGGCUUCAGCGAAGCUACGGAUGCUGCGGGAUUGAUUCGUAUCGGGAUUGGGGGCUUGUGCUUCCGGGAUCGUGUUAUGAGGAGGGUUCGCGGAAUAUCGUUGUUACUGGGUGCUUACAAGUGCUGGAAAGAUAUCUCAAGGGUUCCGGCAAGGCUCUGGGUUGGCUCCUGAUGAGUUUGACCGUUUUUGAGUUCUUCACGCUACUAUUUGCUAAAUGUUACUCCAACGGAAUUCAAAGUCAGCUGAUGACGUUUGUGAGGUCUUGAAACCGAUAAUAAAUCACUUUAUGAAGAAUACAAAGUCGUCUAACCUCGCCCAGAAGUUGUUGACGUUGAAAACAUCUGUACCUCUUCCCAACUGAGAAACAAACAGUAGAUCGCUUCCUCAAUCCUUCUCACCAGCGAUACAAUCUACAAGGUAGCUCAGCUACCAGACUACCUUCAGAGCCCACCAUACUGGACAUCUAUCUCGGGAGUCGCCACUCCUCGAUGGCUUAUUGAAUCAUUCUCUCGAUAAUUCCAACAAUUUAUGCCGUGUGCCGGACAACACCGCAGGAUUAAUUAUAAUAAUUCCUCACAGUCCGGCGAAUGAGUACGGUGGAACCCCGGUAGAACGACUUAACUUGUAUUUAGAAG